AUGAAGGUUGUAGCAGCUGAUUUAGAUACAACUGAAGAUAAUCUAAUAUAUACCUUACUAAAUCAUAAUGAUCUGUUUACAAUGAAUAGAUCUGAUAUAAUUGUCAAUCAAACAAUAGAUGGAGAUGAACUUCCAUCACCGACUUUAUUCCUGAAUGUAACAGUUUCCGAUGGACAAAUGAGUGACAUGGCAAUAAUUCAGAUUGAUAUAUUGGAUCAAAAUGAGCAUGCCCCCAUUAUUGUUGUCAAUAGCACCAAUAUAAGCAUUCCUGAAAAUGUAACAGUCAAUGACAUGGUUUUAGACAUUGAUGCAACAGAUAAAGAUUUUUCGAAUGAUGGAUUUACUUACUGGUUAACCAACGGAGAUGAUAAAUUCUAUAUUAAUGUAACUUCCGGUAUUUUAAAAGUGGCAAAUAGGUUUGAUCGCAGUUUAAAAGAUGUUUUUAAUAUCAAAGUUCAUGUCAGUGAUCAUGGAGUACCACCCAGAUUUGCGGAGAGGGAACUUCGUGUUAAUAUACUAGACAGUAAUACAGCCCCCGUGUUCAUAAACAACUCUUAUAAGUUUGAUGUAUUCGAGGGGGUUGAAAUUGGCCAUGUAGUUGGAGAAGUGCAGGCAAAUGAUUCUGAUUAUGGAUCUUCAGGCGUUGUUCGAUAUGCGAUCACAUCAGGAAAUACACAGUCGACUUUCUCCAUUAAUUCCACCAAUGGAUUUAUUAGAACAAUGAAAAAAUUAGAUCACGAAACACUAAACUCAUUUAAUUUAACCAUACAAGCACGAGAUCUUUCAAGUAUUUCGAAAUCUACUGAAGUUGAAGCUAUUAUAACAGUCAAAGAUGAACUGGAAGCUCCGAGAUGGCCAACUUCUCAGCCUGUCAUUUAUGUCCACAAAUCAAGAGAUUGUGAAUCAUCGCAGGUAACUGCAAUAUCAGCAGAUGCCAUUUCUUCAGACACGCGUGCAAGUGUUGUGUAUACCCUUAUGAAUUUUCUGGACUCCUUCACAGUAAAUAAUUUAACAGGAACAUUAAAAGAAAACCCAAAUAUUAAUAGCGGAAAUUAUACAAUAAUUAUUCAAGCGUGUAACAGUUUAGACCUUACCUUAUGCAGCAACACAAGUUUAACUGUAACUGUUACUGAGAAAAAUACACUUAGCUUCUGCCCAGUUUUUAUUACUAAAUAUAUCUCAGAAGAUUUUCCAGUAAAUGAAACUAUUGUAAUUCUCAAUACAACCUCGGCUACAAAUCAGUUUAGUAUAACUAACAUAGAUGGAGAUCGUAGUUUCUUUUUACUCGAUGCACACACAGGGGAACUAAAACUUGCAAAGAACUUAGACAGAGAAACAACAGACAAUUAUAGGUUAUUAGUUCAAGCCUUUAAUCAAUCCAGUACACAAACAGCAACAGGUCAGGUAAUAAUUAGAGUUACUGAUGUACCAGAUAGUUCACCAUAUUUCCCUCAACCAUUCUAUAAAGGUGAAAUAAGUGAAGCAGCUGGGAUUAGUGACCCUGUUAUGUUGAAUGGACGUCCUUUGGUAUUGACUGCUGUCGAUAAAGAUCUUAAUCCACAGUUGAACUAUACAAUAGAAACGGGAUCUGGAGAAUUUGACAUUAAUCGUACAACUGGUGCUGUAACUCUAGUUGCAGAAUUAGAUAGAGAAAAUACUUCAAGUUAUAGCUUUACAGUGGAAGUAAAUGAUGGUUAUUUUACCAGUAAUACGACUGUAGAGAUAACUGUUACUGAUGUCAAUGAUAUUGAUCCUGUCUUUGAUCUGGCGGUUUACAAUAUUUCUGUUUUUGAAAAUGCAACAGUUAAUUCUCUUUUAUUGACUGUCAAUGCAACAGAUAAAGAUACUGUCGAUGAUGGAAAAAUACGAUACACACUCAAAAACAAUGCUUUAAACUUUGACAUCAAUCCAUUCAGUGGUGAAAUCAGGAUAGUACAAGUCUUAGACAGAGAGAAUAGUUCACAGUUUAAUUUGAGUGUUGUUGCUGUAGAUUCUGCUGGACAUAAUACAACAUCUCAAGUUAUAAUUGAAGUUUUAGAUAUAAAUGACAAUUCACCUGUAUUUACCCAAGAUAUUUAUCAAUAUACUUUACAAGAAGGUCCCAAUAGCCUUAACAAAUCAUUUAAUAUAACUGCAACAGAUCGUGAUAUAAAUGAAAACAGUAGACUCAACUUUAUAAUAUCCAAUAAUAUAGAUGGUAGCUUUGAAAUACAGACAGUAGGGAACAAGGGAAUAAUAACAACUAUAAAAGAGUUAGACAGAGAGAAGACAGGAUUAUUACAUCUUAAUGGUAGGGCUGUAUAUAGUCUAGAUGUUCUUGUUGAAGACUCAGGUUCACCAGUAUUAAAGGGAAGCUGUAAAGUAAAUAUCUCUGUAAAUGAUAUCAAUGACAAUGGGCCAGUAUUUAACAUAACAAAUAAUGGAUAUACAGGAACAGUCGCAGAAGAUUCAUUAUCAGGAACUUCUGUUAAAUUGAGUCCAAGUUUAAUUGUGAAUGAUGCUGAUUAUGGUAUAAAUGGUGAGGAUGGUUUAGAAUAUUUUUUAUUGCCGGCCACGGCACCAUUUAGAGUUAACAGUAAAACAGGUGAAAUACAGGUUUUUUUAUCAAAUGGUUCAUCACUAGACAGAGAAAAAAAAAGUUUCUACAAACUACAGCUUAUUGUUGAAGACAAUGGUGGUCUCAAUUCUAGUAUGAAAAUAUUUGUGACUAUUUUGGAUAAGAAUGAUGAGGCACCACAGUUUGUGCAGCCUGAAUAUACUUUUGAUGUACAAGAAGAUGCUGAACCAUCUACAUCAGUUGGUAUUGUUUCUGCCUUUGACACAGAUAACGAUGGUAACUCUAGUGUCAGGUACAAACUAGAGACUAAUGGCGAAGGUCGAUUCUUUAUAGAUGGUUUAUCAGGUGAAUUAAAGUUAGCUGGUGGUUUAGACAGGGAGGAGAAACAUCAAUAUAAUUUAAUAGUUAUCGCCGAGGAUCAGUCAGGCUUCUCUGGUACGGCUAGCAUCCAUAUUGACAUACAGGAUGCCAAUGACAACCGCCCAAUAUUUUCUCAACCGUAUUAUAAUUUUGUACUAGUUGAGAAUACAGUAAACAUAACCAUUGGUUCCGUUAAUGCUACAGAUCUUGAUAUUGGUGUAAAUCAGAACAUUAAAUAUUUUAUUAAUGAUACAGAUAAAUUUGCCAUUGAUGCAUUUGGAAAUUUGACAGUGCUACAAAUGUUCGAUAGAGAGAAUAUGUCUACAUAUAAGUUUACCGUCUUUGCUGAGGAUCAGGGUAAUCCAGCACAAUUGUCGUCAGUUCAGAUUUCAGUCUCCAUAACAGAUGUCAAUGACAAUAGUCCAGUAUUUUGUGUAGAAGAUGAUUGUCGUAACCAGAAUUAUAGAGCAAGCAUUGUCAACAAAUUACCCCCUAAUUCGUUUGUCUGGUUAGCUGUUGCUAAGGAUAUUGACUAUCUUUCAAAUGUAACUUUUGACCUUCAAGGCAAAACGGCAGAACUGUUUCAGAUUGGAUCAACCAGUGGGAUAAUUACAACCAAGGGUUUUGAUAUUGAUGAAUUAGUCAAUCGUGGUUUUAUCAAUUCAAGUCAAUCCCAAAAUGCAUCUUUAGAGAUAGAAAUUUGGGCCCGUGACGGUGGUGGAAGGAAUACAUCAGUACUGCUUGAUCUGUCUAUAGAAAUUAUCAACACUGCUGUUCCGAUGUUUAAUUAUACAUUUUAUAACUUUUCUAUAAUGGAAAAUAAACCUGCGGGUACAGAUGUUGGUCAAGUUGAAGCCACCAUAGCCAUGAACAAUGUUGUUUUCACAUAUUCUGUAGUUAGUAGCACAGAGGAAGAUUCAAAAAUCUUUUCUGUAGACUCAAUUACGGGACAUAUUAAAACCAAACAAUCAUUAGACAGAGAAAGUCUUGAUAGAUAUUUAUUUGUUGUUCAAGUCAAAGAUGGUAGAACUCCAGAACAUACAGCUUACACACAGGUUCAUAUUACGGUGGAAGAUGAUAAUGAUAAUAGUCCUAAAUUUGAAGAAAGUGUAUAUACCGUGUCUGUUAAAGAAAAUGAAGAUAAUAUAACGGUGUUAACUCUAACAGCUACAGAUGAUGAUCAUGGAGUAAACAAACAAAUAUCUUAUAGUAUAAUAACAGGAAAUAAUGAUUCCAAGUUUACAAUUGAUCAGGAUAGUGGUGAAAUAAAGCUGAUAAGCUCGUUAGAUAGAGAAGAAGAAACCUCACACAUGUUGACUGUACAGGCUAGUGAUGGUGGUACACCAAAUAAAACAUCAAGUGUUAAUAUAAUAGUUAGAGUAGAAGAUAUAAAUGAUAAUAUACCGAUGAUAGUGAAUACUGAAACUACUAUUCAUGUAAAAGAAAGUAAUAGACAAGUUAGACGGAUCCUACAAAUAAAUGCGACAGACCCUGAUUACGGAUUAAAUGGAGAAGUACUAUAUGCUAUAACUUCUGGAGAUCAGAAUUUAUUCCAGAUAAAUGCCAUAAAUGGUUGGCUGUCUACCAUGAGAGCUUUACUUAAACAGACCAACUCUGUUUAUCCAUUGACUGUCAUGGCCUACAACCUGGAAACACCACGAUUAAAUUCUACUAAAGAUAUUACAGUAAGAGUUGUUAGUAGUUCAACACCAAAAUUUCUCCAGAAUGUAUACUCUGUUGAUCUGUUUGUUGGUAUGAAAACAGGAACUGUCAUCAAUGUCAAUUUAACUGCCGGAACCGGUGAAUAUUUAUAUCAAAUACUAAGUGGAAAUUACUCUGAUGUGUUCCAAAUAAACGAUACAAAUGGUGAACUGGCAUUGACUGAAGAUUUACAGGAACUAACUACAUAUCGAUUAUUAAUACAGGCUGCAGAACUGGCUGAUAACGCCAAUAUUGAUAAGGCUACCGUUGUACUAUCAGUACGUCAACCAGAAGUAAAGUUUGAGAGAACUGAAUAUACUGCAUAUAUAGAAGAGAACCUAUCACCAGGUGUAUUAGUCAUUGACUUGAAUAUAACAGAAGAGCUGGAUGGACUGGAUCUAAAUUAUAUAAUAGAUGGAGGAGAUGGUAUGUUUUCAAUAGCUAACCGAAAUGGUUGUAUAUACACAAAUGAGUCAUUUGACAGAGAAAUUAAAGCUGAAUAUACUUUGGUUGUUAGAGUAACCAGUCGUAUCCAGUCACAAAGAACUAAACGAGAAGUGAAUUCUGAUACAACACGUGUUGUUAUUCAUAUAGAUGAUAUAAAUGAUAAUCCACCUAUAUUUACCUAUACUGGUUCAGUUAUGAUAGUUAGUGUUCCACAAUCAGCUUCUACUGGUUUUACACUUACUAACUUACAGGCAGUGGAUCCAGAUGUAAGUGGAUCAGGAUCUACUAUAUAUCAAGUAUCUGAUGGUGAUAAAGAUAUAUUUGAUGUAGAUGUGAAUACAGGAGAUGUUAAAUCAUUGGUAGAUAUGACUAGUAUAGAUAGAGAUCAAUUUAAUAUCAUAGUUACAGCAAGAGAUACCAACUCUACGUUGUCUUCUGAUCUAAAAAUAAAAAUAUAUGUAGUACCAGAUGAUAAUAGAUAUAUACUGACAGGUAAUAUAACAUUACCAGCACUUGUUGCCUUUAAAGAUGUACUUUUAAGUAAUCUAAGUAAUAUCCUGAACAUGACAAUAGAAUUAGACAGUGUUCAACCACAUGCUUCUAUUGUUAAUGGCAAGAAAGUUAUCAGUUCAGACAGAAGUGAUGUUUUUAUACGAGCUUAUUAUAAACCAGACAAUAAAAAGUUAAUUCCCUGGAAAGAAAUACAACAAAAAGUUUCAACAGAAAGAAAAGCUAUUAAUGAACUGUUCGAAGCGGGCUCAACAUAUACAACUGAUCCACCAGCAACAAGAACUAACAUGGAAGGACAAACACUUGGAAUUGCAGAGAUGACCUUAUUAGGACUAGCCUCUGCUAUAUUUUUGGGAUCGUUGAUAGCGAUAGUUGUAGUUAUACGAUCAUGGAAAAUACAAGCAGCUAAACAGGACAAGAUGCAAAUGGCUAUGAAAGCCAGAGAAAAAAUAAGUUGUGAUGAUACCAACUUUUCUGAUACGUUUGGCGACUCUGAUUCUGCUGUAAUGGAAUUAGAUGCGGAUGUUGAUGAUGAUUCACAUGUUUUUAGUCCAGAUAAGUAUGUGAGAUCAAAACGAGAAACUGAGACCCAAAAUCAAUUGAAGAAAAUGGUUACCAUUAAAGAGAUGAACGAAAUGUUUUCAUUUGAAAUGGAGGAGAAUGGUUCUAUUAAAUCUAAUGGAAUAAAACCCCAAAUCCUGACAUUAGAAGAACAAGAAAGAACUCUAGACUUUGGCAAUGAGACAUCCGACAUGGACACAAUUACCUUAAGAGACAUUAUUUUAGGAAGAACAGCAAUGGAUCUAGAAAGAGAAAUUCUCAGUAAAAUCAUUAAACCAGAUGAAGUUGUAGUUUCUACUAAAGACCCACUGUCUGGUAUAGAAACUGGGUCAACUUUUGAAGCUGGGAACAGCAGUAGUGAUAACCAAAAUGUCUCUAAGGACUUGCAAAUGAAUGAAUUGCCUUUAGUCGAGACUCUGUCUUCAAUAGAUGAUGCUGGCUCAUCAUCUUCGCAGCAUAGUGAAAUAAAUAGUAAUAUAGAAAUGGAUGGUAAAUCGAAAUCUGUCAGUUUUCAAAUACCUGAAACUAAUUCUGUGUCAGGUUUAACCAAUCCUGGAUAUGAUGGUAGUGAUGAUCAAACUAAUUUAUUAGUAUCUGAAUCUGAUGAAGAUACACUGUUAUAAAAUGUGCACUUUUAUAAUAUAUACUUCCAUAAAAUGCACUUCAUAAAAUACCAUAGAAGACAUACUUUAUAGAUUAAAAGAAGCAUUAAUCUAUGCAAACCAGAAUAACUUGUGGUCAGUCUUUAAGCUGGCUGAUUGUUAAAAUGCAUAUUAAUUUACAAAUUUUACAAUUUAAUCUCUUUUACAAGCUACAUUCUUGAUUGCUAUUCCUCAAUAUUUGGCAUACUAUAAAUAAACUGCCUUUUUUGUUUUCAACUAAUUUAAGAUAUUGAGUUUUCAAACACUUUAUUAUCUGAGACAGAUGCUGGUAAAUGGUGAUGAUUUUUACUCCAUUUAAUGACUGAACAUGAUUUAUUUCACUAUUACUACUUAAACCUGUAAUGUUUUCACAAUAAUUAUAUUUAUAUUAUGUAAUGUUAACUUCCAUCAUAUUCACUUUUGUAUAUUUAUCAUUAUUGUAUUGUGUAUACUGCUGUUAUUAAUGCAACAAGAUGUCAACUCCAUUUCUCAAAUCAGUUUAUAUUUUAUAAAAUAAUUUUCUAUAUGUUAAUUGUUUUUUGCUGAAGGUUGAGCAUAUAUAUGUAAAUUUAACAACAACCCUUUAAAAGUGGUUGAAUAUCAAUAAUUAUUUUGUGUGCCAUUCAUGGUGAAUUAAUCAACAUACAUUAAUAAUUCCUUACAUAAAUAAUCCUUACUUCUCCGUUGACACAAUGAAAUUAUUUAUUUGACUACAGAAAGUCAUUUUAUCAGUGGCAGGGCCUGAAUUUUCUGAGGAUGGGGAAAUUUCGAGUAUGUCUUCGAUAUAGAGAACUUUGAAAAAAAAAUAAUAAUUGGAUCUUAGCCACAGUCAGAAAUGGGGGGGGGGGGGAGAUAUAUGGAAAAGCAAAGUACCAACAAAUGUUUUUUGAUUGUGAUUUUAAUAAAUUAUUUAAUUUUCUAUAUCUAGUAAAUAGUUUAUAGUCCACCCCAUCUUCUUAUUUUGUUACAAUAAACCAUAUUCAUUAU